UAUACAUAUUUUUUUUGAUUACUGCAAUUAAUUGCAAAACAAUGCAAAGAAGAACAAUAAAUUAUAUUAAUUUUCCUAAAUAAAUCACUAUCACACACAAACGUACACACACCAUUGUACAUAUAAUUAUAUAUCUUGUAAAAUAAUUAUUAAAACUUAUUGAAUAACAACCAAAAAAAAAAAACACAAAACAAAAAACUAUGUCGCUCAACGGCAGAGAAGCCGAUACAUCAUCGCAUCAAUGGCAGUUGGAGAGCAAUAACAAUGACCUUCACAAAGAUACAUCCUUGACAGCGCCGCCAUCGGCGAAUACAGUGCCGUUUGGCAAACAGUCAACGCCGCUGGCAUCCUCUACAGCGGCGUUUGCAGCAGCAGCCACAGAAGCAGCAGCGACGACGACAACAACAAACCUAGAUGCACAUUUCCCCAGUCUGACUAGCAACAAUGGCAGUGAUAAUCAUAGUACGAGCAACAAUAGUCUGAGUAGACGAUCGCUAGAUGCGCACCACACACUAGACAUACAACAACCACCAACCAACGACAACAAAAACAGUAGUAGUAAAGCCCCAACAACAACACCCACAAAUGAUACAACAAAAUCAUUAAACUCCACACCCCAUGAAUACACCAGCGGCAAUGGUGUGCCACAUGGUCAUUAUCGUUAUACUCUGCCGCCACUAACAAAUUACAGCAACAACAAAACAAAUCACACCAACAACAUACCCACCAUACAGCAUCAACAAUCGCAGGAUGAUAAUUUUAAAUUGUUUACAAUUUAUGGAAAUGACACCGACAAUGACAAAUUGUCCGGUCUACCACAUUCGACAACCGGUUCAUUAAGCUCAAUCAUCACGACGUCCAUAGCAUCCUCAGAACCUGAUCCUGGAGCGGGCGGCGGAGGUGGUGGUGGUGGCGGCGGCAAUGGCGGUCCCGGCAGCCUUGGCCAUGAUGGACAAAGUAGUGUGGACGAAAAGAUGGCCCUCAAUCGGCCGGGCAUCAAACAGGAAAAAUGGACAACGAUUUUAAUACAGGUUUCAAUACCAUUCUUUUUGGCUGGUAUUGGUACGAUUGGAGCUGGCAUUAUAUUGGGCAGAGUAGAGAAAUGGCGCGUCUUCAAAUCGGUUAGUGAACUCUUCAUUUUGGUGCCCGCUCUGCUGGGUCUCAAAGGCAAUUUGGACAUGUGUCUGGCAUCUCGCCUCUCAACUCAGGUCAAUUUAGGCAAUAUGACAUCGCGCAAGGAAAUCAUACGUAUGAUUGUCGGCAACAUAGCAUUGGUGCAGGUGCAGGCCACUGUUGCAUCAUUUCUGGUUGCCAUGUUUGCGAUAGCCGUUGGUGCUGCCAUGGAUGGGAAUUUCGAAUUUGAACAUGUUAUGCUGCUGAUAGCAUCGGGCAUGUUUACGGCAACAUCAUCGUGUUUUGUAUUAGAUUUUGUAUUAGUGGCUGUGAUAUUAUUAUCUCAAAAGUAUAAAUUGAAUCCGGAUAAUUUGGCAACACCGUUGGCGGCUUCCAUUGGUGAUGUUGUAUCAAUUAGUUUGUUAUCGUUUAUCGCUUCGCUGCUGUUCGAUCACAUAAAAACCCAUUUAUGGAUAACAUUUGUGGUGGUCGCUUGCUAUCUGAUUUUACUGCCAAUGUGGGUUACAGUUGUGCUUAAAAACAAAUAUACUCGCCCCGUGCUCAAGAGUGGUUGGGUACCGGUACUGUCGGCUUUAUGUAUUAGUGGUUUGGGAGGCCUUGUUCUGGAUGCUGCUGUAGAUAUAUUUAACGGUUUCGUUGUUUUCCAACCCAUCAUUAAUGGCAUUGGUGGCAAUCUGGUUUCAGUACAGGCUAGUAAAAUAUCAACAAUGUUACAUCAAAGUUCAAUUAUUGGUAUUAUACCGCCACACACGAAAAUAUUUGAAUGGCCCUGGAAGGCACUUUUCAAAGGAGUACCCUAUGCCAAGACAGCUCGUUUGUUGAUCAUGAUGUCAAUUCCUGGCAAUAUUGUCUUUAUAUUUGCCGCUGACUACAUUCACAUGUCUCAGUCGACUGUCACAUUCUACUUUGCCUUUUCAUAUAUACUUGCAAGUUUAAUACAGGUUAUGCUCUUGAUGUACAUUGCCCACAUUAUUGUACAUGCCAUGUGGAAAUGGAAAAUCGAUCCCGACAAUUCAUCCAUUCCCUAUCUUACUGCUUUGGGUGAUUUGCUGGGCUCAAGUUUGUUGGCCCUAGCAUUCUUGUUCUUGCUUUCAAUCAACAAGGAAUAUGGAGCUGGUUAUGAUGUACUGAAUGCCUCAAAUUAAUCAAAACAGCAAUGUUUACGCCUCCACACCCUCACAGAACCACCACUCGCCUAUCCCUCCACCACUAAUUAAUAAUUCUUUCUAAGAAUUUUAGCCAUAGUGAUGCAUUAUAUUCUAUAUUUAUAUAUAUAGUGUGUUCGAUAUAGAAAAUUGAACAUAAUCCCCCCCGCCCCUCUGUAGUUAUGACGGUAACACAACUGAAACGAGUUGUUGCUAGUAAAGAAUUUGUAAGAAAAGAAAAACAAAAAAACGAUAAGGAAAAAAAGACCAGUGCUUAGACUAGUUCAUUCUCCAAAGUACCUUAAUGGAAGUAAAUUUAAAACAAAAAACAAGAAAUUUAGAUUAUUAUGUGUAUUUUAAUUUAUUUUAAAAGUGAAAAAUUAAGUAAUUAUGUAUAUGUAUGUAUCAAAGUGAAAACUUAACAUAAAGUAUAAAACAAUGUAUCGACUCCCAUUCCCCCUCCCCUUAUAUCCUCGAUCUUACCUUAAUAUCCAUUCCUUAUUUCCCAUCCCCCCAAUAUAUCCCCCUCUCUUAAAUAAAUAUAUGUUUAUUUAAUUUAGGAAAUUUAAUUUGAUAAACCAAAUAAAAAGAAAAAAGCAAAUUCAUAAGAAAAAAAAAUACAAUAAAAAAUUCAAAAUUGUUCCAUAAAAAA